ACUGUACCGAAAUUCUACUGUUGUCCAAUUGAAGGAUGCCCUAGAGGCCCUGACAGACCAUUUUCUCAAUUUUCUCUCGUAAAACAGCACUUUAUGAAGAUGCAUGCUGAAAAGAAGCAUAAGUGCAGUAAGUGCAGCAAUUCCUAUGGCACGGAGUGGGACUUGAAAAGGCAUGGAACCCUGAUCCUCGGCCUAGAUUCAGAGGCUGGCUGUCUUAAGGAAAGUCUCCCUCUUUCAAAAAUUGUAAGUCCUGUUGCUGUGGAGCCAGUUAGUACAGGUGUUCAAGUGAACUUGGGGAAGAGCCUGUCUAAUCCUUUACAAGAACUAGGGAACACAUAUCAGAAGAACAGCAUUUCUUCAAUCAACGUACAGACAGAGCUGUCUUACGCCACGCAACCCUUCAUACCUUCCACACAGUGGGCUGAGCCUGAUUCUUCUGUAUCGUCUUGUUCUCAAACAGAUUUGACGUUUGGUUCUCAAGUCUCCCUUCCCAUCAGUGUGCAUACACAAACGUUUUUGCCCAGUUCUAAGGUGACCUCAUCCAUAGCUGCUCAGACUGAUGCGUUUAUAGAUGCCUGUUACCAGUCAGGCGGGAUCUCCAGAGAAACCCAGACCAGUGGAAUGCAAGGUCUGACAGAUGACCAAGUACAGAUGGACCAAGCUGUUGACAUUUUUGGGAGCGUCCAUUCACCCUACGGUGUUUCUGCAGACAGCAUUAUAAGCAGCAGCUUAGUAGCGGAGACCGUCGCUCAUGAUUUGUUACCUCAGAACCACCCUAAGACUUUACAUCAAGAUCUUGAGAAAUCUGCACCGAUUAUAAACUUCAGUGCACAGCACAGUAUGCUUCCUUCACAGAACAUGACAGAUAACCAGACCCAAACUAUAGAUUUAUUAAGCGAUUUAGAAAACAUCUUGUCAAAUAAUCUGCCCAGUCAGACACUGGACAAUCGUAGUCUUUUGUCUGACACAAAUACUGGACCUGACCCCCAGCUCCCAUCUGGCCCGACCCAGAAUCCCGCAAUCGAUUUUGAUAUUGAAGAGUUUUUGUCCGCCUCAAAUAUCCAGACUCAAACUGAAGAGAGUGAGCUUAACACCAUGACCACCGAGCCUGUCUUGGAAUCACUGGACAUAGAAACCCAAACGGACUUCUUCCUUGCAGACACAUCUGCUCAGUCCUAUAGUUGUAGGGGAAAUUCUAAUUUCUUAGGCCUUGAAAUGUUUGACACGCAGACACAGACAGACUUAAACUUCUUUUUAGACAGUAGCCCCCACCUGCCUCUGGGAAGUACUCUGAAACACUCCAGCUUUUCCAUGAGUACUGAUUCAUCUGACACAGAGACCCAAACUGAAGGAAUCUCUGCUGCUAAAAACAUACCUGCUGUAGAGAGCAAAGUUCAAUUGAACAGUACAGAAACACAGACCAUGAAUUCUGGCUUCGAAACCCUAGGGAGCUUGUUCUUCACCAGCAACGAAACUCAAACAGCCAUGGAUGACUUUCUUCUGGCCGAUUUGGCCUGGAACACAAUGGAAUCUCAGUUCAGCUCUGUAGAAACCCAGACAUGUGCGGAACCACACACGGUCUCCAACUUCUAAAAAUGAAGUCUGAGCGUGCGAUGGCGUUUACGAUUUUCUUCUGGGUUUGGAAAAUGGAGAGCAGGACAACAGUGUUAACACUAUUGAAUGUAGUUACUGAUGCAUUUACUUCAAUUCUUGGAGGGUCUUUGCCUUUUGUACUUGUAAACAUGAAAUUUGUGUAUAAAUGUGAGUGUAUUAUAAAGUGUAAGAUGUUGAUCUAAAAAUACUGUUUCUGUGUUGCCUACAUUUGCCCUGUCAUAGUGAGUCUUCCCAUCUUAAAAACACAAGUGUAUUUCACACCUUUCAAACCCAUCUAGCAAUUAGCUGAAGCCAAGCUUACCAGGUACUAGGGUACAGACUUUUCAGAUCUUCAAAACAUUUCAGUGGAAAUGUGUCUUGCUUAACUUAAGUUGCACCUACAAUAUUUGACAGUGUUUGUUAGAAAUUCCUGUUUCCUGAUAGUAAAUCUAAAGAAAUGGGAUGCCACACGUCAGAUGUAAGUGCCAGCGCUUCGAUGGCGUGGGACUCAUGCUGCCUGCGAUUUCAUCUGCUUUGACAUCUCACUUUUUUCUGACUUGAAGACAAAGGAGAACUACAGCUGUCUUUAGCUUUUGAGACCAUGUAGUCAAUGCCAUUCUUCCUCCACAUGAACUAUUGCUGAUACCAACCCAAGUGUACAGUACUUUCCUCACAAGACAUGUUGCUGUAAAAUUACUGCUUCAAGAAGUAGCGGCAAGCACUUAGUGUAAAUAGCGAUCCUUCUAGUCUGAUUAACCGUACGUCAUUCCAGCCGUGGAAACUCAUACUGGAGUGUGCUCUGGGAACAUCCCUCCUAUUCUCUCCGGUAGGCGAGGGUGGUGCUUCCACAGCUGCUUCUCAAAGUGUACCCGUAGGCUGGAUCUGAGUUUUGUCUCUCUAAAUGUUAAAAAAAAAAAAAAGGGGGGGGGGAAGAGAAAAGGACAUCCCCGCCUGCUAAAUUUCAGUGUAAGUUGAUAGGGCAAGUGUGCAAUCAACAGUUAUUCUAAAGUGAAUCUUCUCAUCCACUUCUCAUCUUUUCCUUGAAUAAGGAAAGACAUUGGCCUAGCAAGGAUGUUAUUUGUGCCUUGAGGAUAGCAAGUAUAGAACAGAUCCUCCUAAAAUAAGGUAUUCUGCAUUUUGUUGCUUUAUUUGUUUAGAUGGCAAUACCAGUCUUCAAAGAAAAGGAGGUGAAGACCAGUUAUUUCAGUAAUCAAGAACAUCCAUGUUUUUAGAUGGAAGCAUGGUCAUAUAUGCUUUGGAGGUUUACUGUAUUUAGGAUUGUUGUCCAACUUUCAGUCAAGGAAAAAUCGGUGCAACCAGUACAUUUUCUAAGUUUAUUAAGAAAAAGUUCCUUCUGUGGCACAUGCUUAUGCUGCUGAAGGCAAAAUCCUCAAAAUAAAACCUAAGGAGUGGACUAAUAGCCCCAAGUACAUAGAUGAUGUUACUACUAAUUCCUAUCCCAUAGAAGAAUAGUUGGUAGUGAAUAAAUAACAUAUCCUGGAGAGAUGAACCCAACCUGGUAGAUAAGAGUUUGCUUUGGUCACAGUGGCCUAUGACUAUGGGUUUCAAAACAAAUAUAAAGCCUUAACUUAGAAUUUAAUUGUUUUAGAAUCGUCACUGCCUUAAUGUUCAAACAUUGAUUUCAGUUCUCCCAGUAAAGGAGAAGUGCAUGUUUGUUUAUGGCUUUUUUGUAAAUAUAAAUGCAGUGAUCUUUGGCUUUAAAAAAAUUUGUUUCUGUGAAAAUGUUUGAUAAUCCAGCCAGUAGAGUUAUUUGCAGAACAGUUGAGCAUGUCAUAGUUCUUCAUGUACAAGAACUGUUCCCUCCCAAAACCUUAGUUACCUGAAUUGUCCUAAGAUUAUUCGUAAAAACUGAAAUUCAGUGAUUAAAGAGAAGUGAGAAUUCUACCUUUUUUUGUGAAUUCUUUGACAUACUCAUAAUGUGACCUAUUUUGUUGCCUUGACUUUUCACAAACCCAUCAUCUUCUGAUAGUCACAGGAUGGAAUGGUUGUACCUAGUUAUUUUCAUUACUGUUUUACCUUUGUUCAUGAAACUAUACUAAUAAUUUUCCUAGUAGAAGAAAAUGAAAAGACACUCCAUUACUAAAUUUUCUAUUUUGAUGUGGAGUUUUUGAUAAAAGCUAUUCACCUUACAGUUUUGAGUUUUUGAAGAAUUUCAAAGGCAAUUACUCCAACUCAUGCAUUUGCCAAAGGUGACAUGCAUCAUUUUGUAAUGGGGUCCCUUUUAUCUUUGUAAAUAAUGUAAUUCUAGGUUACGAGCAAAAGUAAGAGGGUUAGAAUAUGAGUAGUUCUUUGCUCAGUCACUAAUUUGCAAAAAGCCCAAUCUGUAUUUCUGCUUCCUUGAUAUAAAGGGGAAAUAAAAAUAGAAAAUUUCUGUAGACUUACCUGAAAGAUGCUCAGUAAGGUUUGAAGCUUCUUUUGAACAGAAGAAAAUGUAUCCAUGUCAGUCUAGUUGUGAAGUUGUUUUAUUAGUAGUGGCAAAUGGACAGGGUGAUACUUUCAAGUGAUACUUUCAAGUAAUCCUUUAUGGCCUCAGUUUUAGAAGGUUUACCUUAAUUCCAGUCCAAACCUCACCAAAACCUGCCAUCUAAUAUUGACUCUUAAGGAGCAUUUACUCCGCUUUAUUUCAAGCAGUGCUCCUCACUCGGGUUGUCGGAAGCCUCCUAAAAGAGGAGGAGAGAUGUGUACCUUUGGGGAUUUAGGGACGAAAGCUUUGAAGUCUCAAGUAUUCAUGCAGUUUAAUUUUCCUUACAUUUCACAACAGAUGUGUGUGUUCGCAUCGGAAGUGCGUUAAGUGUCGCUGAUCAGAUUUGGCUCUGGGAAAGAGCUUGUCUGUCUUCUGGCUUCAUACUCCCAACAUCUAAAAACUGUUAAAUGACAUGGAUUUUCAUCUAGUUUCUUCAUCAAGAUGUUGGCUAGUAUAAUGUUGUUACCGCCAAGAAGAUAGUCAAGUAAAUACGCUUGUGUUGCAGUGUUCCAAUCCAAAGGGUUCUCUCAGUUGUGUCAACAGUACUGAUCGACCCUGAGGUAUUAGCUUACAUAUCAGGAGAGGUAGGCUAAAGAUGAAGGGGAUUCCCAGGUUGUCAGUGUUCUCAAACUAACAGCUGUUGCACUACAUUUAAUAACGUGUGUGUGAAAGGAGCAAAUGCCCAAACCACGUGAAUAAAUUCAAGCAUUGUCUAUAACACUUAAAGAGUACCAAUAUUCAUUCCUUUCAACAAACUUCAGAAAAAAAAACUCUAAAUUUUAUACUGCCUUACUAAUAACAAAAUACACACAUUUGUAACUCUCCUAAGUCCACAAAGUCAAAAUAGUGAAGGUUGGCAUAGCAGAAACUUACUGCUGAGGCCCUGCCACAGACUUUUGGUAUGUGACUGUCAAGAAAGUUAAUGUUAGGGGACAGAAUGCUACAAAAAAGAAACAAAAUAAUUGUAAAAAAUAUUUGAGAAAAUGAAAUUUUUUUGAAAAAUAUAUCUCCAUGGUAACUUUGUUAUUCUCAAAAGUAAAUAUGUCAUUUCAAUGUGAACAAAGCUUUUUGUUUUUGUCAUAAAGGCAUGAGCUUCUUCGCCUGAUAUCUGUCAGUAAGACCUUGUUCCAAGCGUGGCAUCUUUUACUGCUUUUGCUUGCAGCUUUUUUACUCUUUGCUUUCUGGUGAUCCAUUGCUUUUUCCAUAUCCUUGUUUGGUUUUAUGAUUGCCUCUCAAACAUGUUGCUGUUUAGGACUGAAUUUGAAAGUCAUCCCCCUCCUACUUUAUCUUCUUUUUCCUGUGCUGUAACGAGAAAUUUAGUGACUUCAGAAAAUGUAGAGCUUGUGCUGCAAUAAAAACUUGGCAGAAGUCAAA